AUGUUUGGCCUGCGUGUCGGUCAUACGAUAAACUCCGUAGUCGCCAACACGCGUCCUCACGGAUGCUUUGUGACAAAGGCAAAUUCACGAGCUCAAGAAUAUAUUUUAGAAUUUUUCCUUACCACUAACAAGCGAAUCUGUUCGAGCUCUCCUGUGAAAGGAAGAACGGCAACAGCGGAUCGAGUGCACCGCCAUGUCAUUGUUCGGGACUACGAUAAGCCUAUAUACAUGGCGAGUUCCAGGGCUAGCACAACCCCCUCCUGGCACGCCUUUUUGAUCGGCCUAGACCUUGCUAUCAAGGAGGAUUUCGAGAAACCGUCAGGGGCACGAGGGAAGAUGGGCACGCGAGCGUUCAUGGCGAUCAGGAUACUCCACGACGAUGACCAGCAUUCUUUCAUGCACGACCUAGAAUCUUUCUUUUGGGUGCUAUUUUGGAUAUGCAUUCAUUGCGACGGGUCGCAGGCAAGAGUGGUCCAAGAAUUCGAUACAUGGAACUAUGCGAACAUGGAGGUGCUAGCCCAGCAAAAGCUGGGCAUAAUAUCAGACGAUCGCAUGUUUCGCAACGCUACCCUCGAACACUUCACAGACUAUUAUCAGCCGCUGAUCCCCUGCGUUGACGAACUGCGGAGAAAGAUAUUCCCUCAAGGUAGAAGAUGGGAAGUUCCGAACCCGAAGCUGUACUCGGAUAUGAGGAAGAUUCUUUGGGCAGCACGAGAGAAGAUGGAGAAGAUGGAGAAGAUGGAGAAGAUGGAGAAGAUGGAGAAGAUGGAGAAGAUGGAGAAGACGGAGAAGAUGGAGGGGUAA